CAUGUGAAAAAGAUUGGGUAAAGCGGCCAUUUUUUGCAUUUGUUCCAAAGCAAGUGGUACGUUUGUGCGGUGAAUUGAAUUUUGUGCUAUACAUAUAGUAAAAAAACCAAAAUUUACGACUUGAAUUGAGUUUAAAAGUGAUUUCCAAUCAAAAAAUUGGGCUGACAUUAUCGCCGCAUACAUUCAAUUAAAAUAGAAAUUUUAUUGCCAUGGGGAAUUAAUAUACACGAGUUUCGUUUUUAUUUCAUUCAACUGUGUUUCCUCCAAACUUAUAAGCAAAAUUCAAUAUAGAAGAUCUUCUUCCUGUAUGUUCAUAUAUGUUUUUUUGUCACAAACACAAAUAAAGCGAAAAACGCGUUUAGAACGCAUACAACGAUACAUCAGACCCAGAUCGACGAGUUGGAAUACUUUGGUGUUUGCGUGCGCGUACAUGUAUAUGUAUACUGUGUAGUUUUUUUUUUGUCUUGCUGUGGUUCAAUUGAUAUAUUCACGCAACCCGUACGGAGUACGUGAGGAGAGCUAGAAAGGCAUUGUGUCUGUGUGCGUUUACACCAAUACGUUUGCGUAUCUGUGCUAGUGAUACAUAUGAUUAUCGUGUGAUGGCAGUACAGCUGCUUAAUUUCAUACCGACUGUCCAAAUGCGUAUUUAGCUUUUUCUUCUUCACUGCUGAGAAUAUACAUGGAAUAAAAAUUUGCAGAAAAAAUGCAUUGAAAAAUCCAGAAAAAAAGUGAUGAAACAGUUUUUUUUGUACAUGAAAUAAUCAAAUUAAAUUUCGUAUCAGAAUUGUGGUGAAUAAAGUGAUUGUAGCUAUCAAAAAUUGUGAGUUUUUAUGAUUUGAAGAGAGCUGAAAAAAAGAAGAAGUAAGAACAAGAAUAAAGUGAGGCGAUACGUGAUUGGAUUAACUAAUAAAGAAAUUGGCUUUACACGAAAUGUCAAUAGUUGCAAGUGAAUCAAAUUCAUUAAACAAUUUGUCGGCUUCCACAAAUAAUAGUAUUUCCUUGUCCAAUGCUGAAUGGUAUUGGGGAAAUAUUAGCAAAGAUGAAGUGCGAGAAAAAAUGUUGGGUUGCCCGGAUGGGACGUUUUUGGUUCGUGAUGCAUCGAGCAAGUGCGGUGAAUAUACGUUGACACUAAUCAAAGGUGGUAGCGAAAAGUUGGUAAAAAUUUCUCAUCAAAAUGGCUUAUAUGGUUUCACAGAGCCGUACACAUUUCCAUCCGUUGUCGAUUUGAUCAACUAUUAUAGGAACGUAUCUCUUAAACAAUACAACAUAAUUUUAGAUGUUAAAUUACUAUAUCCAAUAUCGAAAACGAAAGAAAAUGAUGAAAAUACGAAUAUUACCGAUAUUGAUAAGUUGGCACAAAAAUUUGUCGACACACACAAAAACUAUGUGGCAAAAACGCAGGAGCUCAAUCAAUUUGUCCAUGAAUAUGAUAAAACCGAGAACGAACGAAAUUUAAAACGGCAAGCGCACGACGCAUUUCUAGAGGCGGUUGCAAUGUUUGAACAUCAAAUCGAUUUGAAAAAUUCAUAUCUUAAACAGGCCCAACCGCAUGAAUACAAUAGUGUUAUGGAAAAUUUCGAUUUAUUAAACGCUCGUUUGGAUUCAUUAAAAGAUAGUAAAAAAUUGCUUGAAGAAGAUUUGAAUAAGCAAAAACAAAUGGUUUUGAUGUUAGAACGUGAGAUCAACAAUAUCAAGCCAGAACGUUCAAUAUUGGCACGCAUGAAAGAGCGAUACCAAUCAAAUUUAAUGCGACGUGGUGUGAAAGAGGUGAAAAUCAAGCAGCUCAUCGAAGAAGGUUAUUCAGCAUGGACAAACAACGAAAACGACAGUGGAUUGUCGCACAAUGAUCAAUCGACAUGGCUUCUAGCGAAUGCAACUCGACAAGAUGCCGAACGCUAUUUGGCUGGUCUGCCGACCGGCACAUUUCUCAUACGUCCAAGUUCACAUGGUCAUUAUGCAUUGUCGAUAGCCUGUAAUGGUAUUACAAAUCAUUGCAUCAUUUAUGAAACGCCUAAAGGAUUCGGUUUCGCAAUUCCCUAUAACACAUUUUCAUCGCUUUUAUCGCUAGUUUUACAUUAUGCCGAAAGUUCAUUGGAGGAACAUAACGAUUUAUUAAAUACAACGCUAAAAUAUCCUCUAUUCUCAUCGUACAUUAGGAAUUUACAAAAGCAAACGUCAUCAAAACAAGAUGAUUAUGUGGAUGCAUCGCCACCCGUUCGUGAUUCGUAAUUUGUAAUUUUUUUUUGUAAUUUCGUUAAAUCGUUUUAUUUUUUUUUACAUUUAUAUAUUAUACAUAUAUAUAUAUAUAUACAUAAUAAUAAUGGCAAUACCUAUAUGAGAUAGGCGAUUCUAUGCCAAAUCAUACACAUGAUUAAUUGAUACACAAACACAUUAAGAGGAAAACAAAUUCGAUUGAGUGACGAAUUAUAAAUGAUUAAUUUGCCUAUUCUGUGUUGUUCGCGCUUUAUGGCCAGCAGCUAUUGUAUGGAGAGAUCAUUCGUUAAUUCACGGUCAUUUCUUUACGCACAUAAUAUUUACAUAUAUAUGUAUGACAAAAACAAACGCAGGACAAAAGAAAAAAAAUCGAACACAACCCUUAACAUACUCGGUUGAUGUCAUUUUUUAAAAAGGCAAUGUAUAUGUAUGGCACGGAAAGAAAAAUCUAAAAAUGAAGAAGAAAAAUGAAAUGUAUGCUAAGCAGGAGAGUAAAACUAAAGAGAAAUAUUGAAGUCGAUGUUGUAUUCCAAUCGCAAUGGAAUCAUUAUUAUUAUGUAUGUUUCUAUUUUUUAUACGACAGAAAAAUAAAAUAUCUAUCUAUUUGUACAUGUAACAUAUAACAAACAAUGUAUAAAAAAGGUUUGGCCGAUCGUCGAUCGGAUUGCGGAGCGGCGGCGAUUGUAGAGCGAUCCUGUUGCCUGUCAAGCACCAUCAAUCGAUUGAUGAUUUGCCAAAUACUCUGGAUGUUAGUGUGAUGUUAGAAUAUAUGUGUGACAUAUGCAUAUAAUGUUUAAAUACAAGUUAUAAGUCUUGAAAUUUAUACAAAUAUUGUAAUAUAUUUAAUCAAUUUUUUUAUACCAAUCAUAAUGAUGAAGAUGAUAAAGAUUUGAGAAUGUGAACAGCAAACAAAAUAUUUAAAUGGAACACACACACACUAUAUUGGCAAUGCGAGUAAUAAAAACAAAAGAAAAACAGAAAAAGCAAAAGAAAAGGUGGAACA